UUCACCCCCAAAGAGUCAAUGUCCACCAGGGGCGCUGUAGACAAGAUUUAAAACUUUCUUGGACGAGGUUAGUUAAGUACAAUUGUCAGACUUUAUUUUGUAUUUUAACUACACCUCGGUCAGCCGCAAACAAAUAUGUGAUAGUGACAUACGGAGGAGACUUUGACAGAGAGUAAUUAAACUACAUCAGCGACCAACAGUUGCUCAAGAUGACUCAGCAGCUCAACAAUGAAGAAGGGACCACAUUGAUAACUUCUCAAAAGGCAGCCGGAGAGCCAAGAAGUUCAAUGAUAUCUGCGUCUUUUAAUUUCAUCAAUUCCAUUAUAGGAUCUGGAAUAAUUGGUUUACCAUAUGCAUUGAACCAGGCAGGGCUCCCCCUUGGCCUGCUGCUGCUGGUAGUUGUGGCAUUUAUCACAGACUAUUCAAUCAUCUUGCUGAUUAAAGGAGGCAACCUGUCAGGGACAAACAGUUAUCAGUCACUAGUGCAAAGCACCUUUGGUUUCCCAGGAUUUGUGAUUUUAUCUGGCCUGCAGUUCCUGUAUCCUUUCAUUGCAAUGGUUAGCUACAACAUCACAACUGGAGACACACUGACCAAAGUAUUUCAGAGGAUACCAGGAGUUGGUCCAGAUCACAUACUUGCAGAGCGUCACUUUGCGAUCUUGCUAUCAACCAUUGCUUUUACACUGCCUCUGUCGCUUUAUCGAAACAUUGAGAAACUGGGAAAGGUGUCCUUCAUGUCAAUGGUUCUGACAUUUACCAUCCUCAUCAUUGUAAUCAUCAGAGCAGCUACCCUGGGACCCCAAAUCCCCCCUACAGAGAAUGCAUGGUCAUUUGCAAGGUGGAAUGCAGUUCAGGCAGUUGGUGUGAUGUCCUUUGCCUUUAUAUGCCACCACAACAGCUUUCUUAUCUACGGUUCUCUGGAGCAGCCCACGCUAGCUAACUGGUCCCGGAUCACUCACAUGUCUGUAGGCUCCGCACUAAUAAUCAGUGCUGCAUUUGCUGUUGCUGGCUAUACCACCUUUACCGGCUACACACAAGGAGACAUAUUUGAGAACUACUGCAGAAAUGAUAACCUGGCAACAUUUGGUCGCUUCUGUUUUGGCUUCAGCAUAAUAACCACAUUUCCACUGGAGUGUUUUGUUACACGAGAGGUGUUAUCCAAUGCCAUUUUCAGAAGGGAUCUGUCCAAAUUAGAACAUGUGGCAAUAACAGUGCUCAUAGUUGGAGCCUGUGCAUGUCUAUCUUUGGCUUUUGACUGUCUGGGAUUUGUUUUGGAGCUGAAUGGUGUUCUGAGCGCCACGCCUCUGAUCUUCAUCAUACCAUCUGCGUGCUUCCUCAAACUUUCCCCUGGCCGCUGGUUCCAGGGGGAAAACUUGAUACCCACCAUCAUGAUAGCAAUUGGCUUGUUUGUAAUGAUCACAGGUUUGACCAUGACAGGCCUCUACCCUCAAACAUGUUCACACGGCGUGGAAAUGUUCUACUGUGCAGACGCAAAUGUCUCUGUCACGGCACCACCUGUGUAAAUCUACCUAAUGUACCUAAAACAUUUUGUUGAUAAAAAAUAUAUGUAUCUUUAUGUAUUUGAUCUGGAGUGCUUUUUCAUGAUUUGGGCACAUUUUCCUUAAUUCUACUCAAGGGAAUAAAGCGGCAUGCAAUUUCAUUUAUUUGCUUAUUUCAUAUUUUAGCAGUUUAUCAGGAUUUUGGAUGGAGAUGUUCAACAUUCAAAUAAUGGGUGUAAUGUUGAGAUGUCCAUAUACUUUGGUCAUAUUUUAUACUUGAUCUGUUUAGUCUUUCACUUUUGAAUUAUAGUCUCUGUUUUGAUGUUUAUGAUUCAGGAUUUUUUGGUUCACUCAGAAGUAGAAGUGGUCGUUACCAUAUCCAGCCACACGAUGUCACUGUGGACAAAUAAAGCAUACAUUUGCAGGAAGUACAAAACAACA